GCAAGGGUGGACUGACCAUUUGGAAACUCGGGCACUGCCCGAAGGCCUGGGGUCAGUAGGGGGCCCGAUGAGAUGCCCCUGGUACCUUUUUCAUAGGCUUUUUUGAGUUUGGGCAAGGACACAGGCACCCCAUGAUCCCCUAUUGCCCGGGGGCCCCAUGAGUUGUCAGUCCGUCACUACUCCAAUGAUCAGACUUGUUCUGACACCAACCCCCCCUCCAUGUGCAGUUUUUGCACUGGGAAGAUUUGUUUGGGGCCCCAUGAGAUGCCCCUGGUACCUUUUUCAUAGACUUUUUUGAGUUUGGGCAAGGACACAGGGGCCCCAUGAUCCCCUAUUGCCCGGGGCCCCAU